AUGUUACUAAAAACAACUAGUAGGUCUUCAUUAUAAAUUUCUCAUGAUUCUUUUCUAUCAGAAUUAGAAGUUGAUAGAAUUAUUAGCUCUUGCAAUGUAACUUUAGCAAAGGUGACUUCAGAACAGGAUGAAAUCAAAGUUCAAAUUUAGGAUUACAAAUCAAUUUAGAUUGCUAACAAAAAUCAAAUAUACAAUAAGAAAAACAAUUAAAAGUACUUAAAUCAAAUCUAGAAGAAAAAGAAUAUAUUAAAAAUAUUAAACAUGAUAUUCUCAAAAAAUUAGGUUGAUUGAAAAUAAUAUAGAUAAUCUUGACAAGUAUUUGGAAGAAAUUAAAAAAAAAUUACAUUGGAAAUAGAAUUGUCUCCAAUAAUGUGGAAAUGCAUAAGAUGUGGAUUCGCUUAAAAAGAAGAUUAAAAUAAGGCAAGUUGUACUUAUCAUCCUGGAAAUUGAAAAUACUUUUCUUUUAGAUUAUGCGGUUAAGACAAAUAUUUCACUUGUUGUAAUAGAUGUAGAGAUUUUCUUUAUGGUUGUAAUAAAGGUUUACAUAAACCUUGAACUCUAUCUAUAUAAUUAUCUAUUUUAUAAACUUAAUGAUUUACAAAACUAAUUCUAAUUAAUUUAGGAUAAAUUUAUGAUCAAAUUUUGA